GAUUUAGUAUCAAAUGACGAGUUAUUAAGUGCUUAUAAUCCGAGUGAACAGACCUUAUCAUCACAUGAGUUGAACACCGGAUUCAUGUCUGAAUCCAACGAACAGAUCAACACAUCUCUGGAACAACUGGAGGAUCAGUUGAUGCAACAGUUGAUCUCAUCGGCUGAAGAGGACGAUAGAAAUGUGUCGCUUAUUAAAGAUAAUUCUUAUGCAACUGAACCGGAGCUCAAUGUCGAAGAACUGACGGCUCCCUUACUUCUGCAGCGUUUGCAGCAAUCAGUGGUCACUCCUAUUGAAUCCAAUGAAGAGCCAAUUGAAACACAUCCAGAAUUGACUGAAUUUGAAUCUCAAAACACUGCGAAUAAUGAGUUUAUUUCAGUCGAUGACAAGCCAUUGAUUGAAAAGUCGGACACAAUUAUUGUGGAUCUGUUAUCAUCAUCACCGCAGAGGAAUAAUUCGCUCAUUGAUAAUAUCGUUGAGGCAAAUCAAUUGCACUCAAAUAAUUUCAAUGACAUUAAUAUUCAACUAAAUGAGCGGCAAAUUCUCGAAACGAUAGAAUCUCAACAGAAUUUAAAUCAAGAAUCCAUUCAAACAAACGAAAGCAAAGAAUUUGAGUCAAUCCAAGAGAAGAGACCCGAUGUCGAUGUGAUUGAUAUCCAGGAAUCAGACGUUCAGACAUAUGUUGUGCCGCCGACGCCGUCCGAAGAGAUUACGCCUGAGCUGUCAUUUUUCCGGACACCGGAACAGCCGGUGCUCACAAAGAUAUACUCAUCGGAAUCGGAACAGGAGAGCGACUCCGCUGUCAUUAACAAAGCCAUUGAUAGCAGUCUUCCGUCACUCAUAACUGUCAUUGAGUCGACCGCUAAGAAUGGAGGCGAAGAGAAGCCUAAACGACCCAAACCUAUACUCAAGGAAACGGAUCCUCAGAUUCUCACCAAAUUGAUCGCCGAUGAGCAACAAAUCACUUCGGAGGAGAUAUCGAGUCCAGACGAUGAUAACCCAGAGUUUGUUGGCUUAGGGCCCAACACACCCAUACCGGUGCGAGCUUCCAGUCCCAACCCAUUCGGCAAAAAGAGACGGAGGGGCAAAAAGGGUGGACAUCGAAAGUGAAACUACUGUUACUUUAUCUCGGAGUAAACCUAUUUACAUGAAUCACAUAUUUUAUCACAAAGUAUUUAAAGUUUUAAACAAAUAUUAUAUAAUAUUUCUGUUCAUUUUUGAGACUGAAUUCUUUAUGGCAAACAUUUAUAUAAAUAGUAAGUCAUAUGAAUAUAGAAUAAAAUUCAUUAUGUAAAAUCACUUGGCUAAAAUUUAAAAUUUUAAAUAAAUUUUAUUCAUAAACAUCGCUAAA